AUGUCUUCACCUAAAACCGAAUCUCUUAAAGAUACAGUGACAGUGUUAAUUAACGCUGUAGGUGAUAACGAGAAUUCCGUGAACAAUGUUGUAAUAAAAUCAUUGACGAAAAUAGCGAAUUCAUAUCCUAAUGAGGUGAUAGAAAUAUUUUGUGAAUUCUAUACGAACACUGUUAAAGUGAACCCUACGCAGCUUGGAAAUAUUGUCAAGGUUCUAGAACAAACAUGUGUGAACCAAGUGAAGAGGUUGGAGCCGGCUACGGCCAACAAUUUGGUGACAGCUAUGCUGCGAGCUAUGAUGGAGAAUGUGACGUACGAGCCAGUUGUCCAGAUGGGCGCCUCCGCUGUCCUAGUGGCAGUUGGACACGAGCAUUUGGAUUUGGUCCUACGCUCCCUAAUCAACCAGCUGUCUCCAGCAUCAGUGCCGCACUAUACAAUAGCACAUACGCUGGGCACCCUGGCGGCAGUAAACACACAUGGCGUAGUGCCACAUAUUAAGGAAAUUCUCAGCAAAAUGCUACCAUUACUCUCAUUGGUCAAAGCAGAUGGUUUGAAGCAGGCGUUUGCUUAUGCUUUUGGUCACUUCGCAGUCGCCGUAUCCGAACAAAUAGGUGACAAUGUAGAAAAUGAGAACAUAACAUCUAUAAAAGAUAAUUUUGUCACAGAAUUUACCAUAAUAUUUGAUGUACUAUACAAUCAAUGGCUUGCGUCCUACGAAGCUAAAGUCUCAGAAUCUGUGCUCGAAGCCCUAGGCCCAAUCACAAGAUUAAUCUCAGAAAGACAAUUCAAUGAAACCGUCAACAAAUUCGUCCUUUCAUUGCUGUCUUUGUACCGGAAACCAGCAAUCAAUUACUACUACAUAAGUCAAUGUAUAUCGUACUUACUUUCCCCAUCGCCUUUGAACCCGAAACUGAGUUUGAAUGACAGCGUCAUCAACUCUAUAAACCAUGUGCUAUUCAAUCUGGUUCUUUUAGAACCGGAUUAUGAUCAACCUCAAACGGUUAAGAACCAUUUUGAGGUCCUUAGGUGCUUCGACCAUAUGGCUGGUCAGUUUCCCGACCAAACCAUAGAAAGUCUCCUACACCAGUGCAAAAAUAAUCAGGAAAAAGACAGAAUGAAAGCUGUGAUCAUUUUGACUCAUUUGACAACGUCAUCCCAAAUCUUUGUUGAGAACUAUGCCCAUAAAUUCAUAGUCUUGCUCAAGAUAAUGACUACCAUGGAACAGGGGAUUAAAAUGAAGAAGUUGUUAGUGAAAGCAAUUGUUGGGCUCGUGUAUAGGAACUGUAUAACGACUCCAGAAGAUUUUACCAUGGUUGAGUUCAUUAUAAAACACUGCAGUUACGAGGGACCGCCUAAUGUUUCCAAACACGAUGUUCUCGAUCUGCACGAUACGUGCAAAAGUUCCUUAAUUCUUAUGUGCAAUACAGUAACUAGCAUUCGGUCUCAGUUACGCAACUUGCUACUAACAGCAUUAACCGGGGAAGAAUUUACGGCAUCAAUGGCUACCGUAUGCCACUGUCUUACUUCUCUCCUCCAAAACAACUCUGACGUCACAGCUGAUGAACAAUCGGAGAAGGAGAUCGAAAUGAAAUGUUCUCCUGAUCUAGUCUUCGUUCGGUGUCUUACGCAUGUGGUAGAACCAGACCAAGUAGAACGGAACAGAAAUAUUCUAGUCUUUCUUGAAGAAUAUUCCGGUGAUGUUCACAAGAACCUUAAAAAUUCAUGGACCAUUGAAAUCCAGAGGCUCCUGAAGUAUGUCGAGACGACGGAGACUAAGGAACAGUGGCAUAGCAUGUUGUUAGAUCUAUUAGUGUCUGCUGUAGAACAAGUAAACAGCAAUAAAUGGGUGGAAUUCAUCGCUACGUUGAUUUCACAGCAGAUUCUGUCCAAAAAACAGACUCCAAUGAUUAAGGGAGUAUCUUUGCAGUACUUGGCAGUUCUGUCUUGUCAUAUGUCCAACGCUGCGGUAGUUGAAAAAAUCCUCAAAAUUAUUCUACUGGCCUUAAAAUCUAUUCCAAUGGAGAGCAGCGAUUAUGUCAGCAAAGCUGUAGGGAUCGCUUCGAGACAACAUGGCGAGUUUAUUCUUAAUGAACUGGACGCGACUUACAAAGAAAAUGAAUCGAAACGAGGCAGUAAGAUACUUAAUUUCUUAUCUUCAAGACAUUCCAAAACAGAAGCGGAGUUGAGCGUUGUUAGGUACGCGGUUAUCACGUGUUACGGGAAGGUUGCUGUGGACUGUUUGGACGUCCAUGUCCUGGCCAGGCUAGGGGACAAUGUGACAGCGAUUCUUUAUGAUAUCCUGAAGUCGAAUCCACCGUUUGAUCUUUGCACAGCCAGUGUUACAACUCUAUACGAGAUCAGCAAGGCUUUGUACCCGGCUGCUCAUCACAAUGUGGCCCUAAGGAACCGUUGGCAGUUGCUCAAUGCAGUCCUCGAACAAAUAUACAACACGAACCUUGAUAAAAGAAAUGUGGAAUUGUACCCUAUCAUAGUUAAAGCUUCGAAAGCACUGACGAAGUUACAAAAAGGGAUACUACCUGAAGAAAGAAACACUAUUUUGAGGGUCUUGUUCAACAGUAUAUUUGGUGAGCUCUCUUCUUUCAAGAAGAAGUAUGAAAUUGAGGGUAAUGGUGAUAAAAAUGAUAACCUAGCAAAGACCUUGAACGACAGUCUGUCACUUCUGCAUCAGUUGAUUAAAGAGCUGAUCAUCCAGUCCACAUGUUUGAGCACAAUAGAUGAUCUAAUAGGGUUGUUGAUCGAAUGGCUCCGACACGAGAAUGAUGAGAUCCGAACAGCCUCAACCAUGAUUCUCCACGUGAUUUUCGACACUUACAUUAAAAACGUUAAACUGAACUAUGAAACACCGAGCAAGUUUGGCCAGAUGGGUUAUUUAUUGGGCCUCAUUAUUCCCGGGAUCGCAGACACGAACUUCCCAGUCCGACUGACGACUAUAGACUGCAUCAAAGUGAUAAUUCAGAUACAAGAUCUGUACGAAGGCCAUACAAUUGGCCCUGAUGACGAAUGCAUGUUGAAUUUGGGUCAUCUUCAGAACAAUAUCUUGACGAAUGACCUGAAUAUGAUCAGUGAUUACUGUACGGCGUUGUGUGAGGCUAUUUCUCCGAAGAUACCUCAUCAUCACAACAUGCAGUUUAUUGAAAGUCUGUUGGAAGGGUAUGAUGACCAGGAGUUGAGGAGUGUGGGGAUCAGUUCUAUUUUGGAUGCGUAUUUCGUGAACAAGGGUCAGGACUUGUAUCAGAGUAUUGAGAGGAUCGUGGAGGUGAUGUUGGGGACUAUGUCUGAGGUCGGCGUGGAGGCCCGGCAGCGACUGAUGAAGCCGCUGACGUCACUGACACGUCAUCACUCCAACGCUGUGAUAGCUGUGCUGUUGGCCCAGAGACUGCCUUUGAAACCGAGCGUCCUAGCAUGUUGGCGUAGUCUAGCUCAAGAUGAAGGUCUCUCCUCAGCCAUUACGGACAACUUCCUCCGGCUGAUGACGUCCGUGGAACUCUAUGAGGACCCCUACCAUAUAACCGAACACCACAUCGCCGCUCUCCAGCCCUUAACUCUUAUAAGUGCCUUCGGAGAGAUGUUACAAGAACCGACAAUGAAACCCAUCUGUAUAGCCAAGUUUGCGGAUCUCUUCGCGGUCCUAUACACGACGCUAGCUUGCUACAUUGACGCGGAAUCGCCUGCAUAUUCUCCACCAACCAAUAAGACGCAAGAACGGUUCGGUUUUAUCCCCAACAGGGAUGCUAUCAAAUUGUCUCCUGCUAAGAUCACUGUGCAGACCUUUAACGCGUUUUUGGAGCAGGCUGACUGUCAUAAGGUCCGCGAAGCCUGUUCUCUCUGCCUGAGCAUAGAGCACGGGGAUCCGUGUAGCACAGUCCUAGAACUGGCCCCUAUACUGGGGGGCGCCCUAUCUCGUCACUGUCCCCAACACGUGUCCCGACUGGUGGCCGCCGUGUCCAACUACGCGCGCUGUCCGCUACCGCCGCAACGAUGUGCCGCGCUAGCUUUAUUAGGGGACCUGCUUAAUUAUAGAUGCAACAACAACCCAGUCCUCAUAGAGACAGUCCUGGCGACCCUCAACACUGGCUGGAAGGACGAGAACGAUAGGGUCCGCGCCACCUGUCUGCGCGGCGCGGCCAAUAUUGCACAACUCAAACCUGAACACAGGAACCAGGCCCUGCCUGCUGCAUUAACCGCGCUGAGCCAAGGAGUUGAUGCGCAGAAAACUCAAGCACCAACAGACAACGUACCUCUUGCCGCAAUUCAAGGUCUAAGCCGUCUUUUAACAGAGCUAGACAAAAUAGACCAGGAGUUCGAUAGAGAAUUGCUAUCAAUAUCACAAAAAAUACGACCGUUUAUGAACACAGAAUGUCCACAAUUAAGGGAGCAUUCUAUAAAGUUAUUUGGAAUUAUUGCGGGUAGGGUGAGGUCAGAUGCGCUCGUCGACCAAGGAGUGAGCUCUCUGCCUUGCUUCUUGCUACAUUUGUGCGAUAAUAACCCUAAUGUUGUACGGGCCAGCAAAUUCACUCUCAAACAAGUAUUCAGGACGUUUAACGUGAAGAAAUCUAAUGACUUUGUCCAAACGCAUCUCUUGGACGAAGGCCGACUAUACCUGGACGAGUUCCUCUCAGCAUUACUGAGGCAGUUAGCUGAUGAGCUACCGAGCAGCAUCGUGAAGUGUCUCCAGACUGCUGUCAACUACUUACAUUGUGCCCGCGACGAGAUCAAACCUCAUCCACCUUUGUUACUUGGCCUCCUUUAUGCAGAACUAUACAGAAUUCGGGAGAAAAACCCGGAUGAAACGGAAUUAGACCCGGACAUAACAAAGACGGCUAGAACUCGAUUAUUACAGCUGAUCAAGGAUCCUAAUCCCCUAGUUCGGCAGAACACGGCCAUGGCACUCGCCAAUAUAUGCCUAGUGAGCGCCUUGGAUGGAUGA